AUGAUCUCUGUGCCUAGGAAAGCGGUUGUUUCGCAGCGAAAAUUCUACGAUUUAUCCCUAUGGGCCGUACGAUGCCCGCUGCUGUCAAUAUUUAUGCCACUUUUGGUUCUUUUUGUCAUAGCCUACCCGUCGCUUUCUUCCAUCUUCCAGUCUAAUAGCCUUCCACUACUUUAUCUCAGUAAGAUUGGUAUUGAGAGCGAGACAACAGGACUCUUACCGAAUUUCUCAAUAACGCAGGUCGGAAUUGCACAAGCCAACGGCGGAAACGUUUUAGAAAAGGCGUCGCUCUUAGAGUCCCUGGCGAUGCAGAAUCGUCUGCUACAAGGCGUGCUCGGAUCAAACCAGAUUGAACAGGUACAAUCGCCCUUUCAGCUAUGGAACAACUCCAUACAGCUGCUGCAUCGGGACUCAUCCCCCUUAAAAACCAUUAAUUCAAGGAUAGAUGCAAUUCCCAAACAUCUCCUGAGGAAAGCCCUCAAAGUGAACGGGUACGUCACCUCUGCCGAAACAAUUGUCAUAAAUGUAUUGACAUCAGAAGAGGAUAAAGGCCCGUUCAGGAAGCUUGUAGACGAAAACAUCAAGGAGCUCAAUACUCUGUCAAACGUUACGGGCUUCGAAGUGCUCGGUUCAACUGGCAAGUACAGCGAAGCUUCUUCACAAGGAUUGUUACGGGUCAACGUUCAGUCAAUCACCAAAUGGGACAUAUUGUUCAUCAUACUUCUCUUUUCAUUGUGGACCUUAGAGUUUUUUAAGAAAUUCAACCAAAUCGCAUGGACCAAAUCCAAGUUUGGGGUUCUUUUGGCCGUGGCUAUACAAUUAGUGAUUAGCAUCGCUGCUUCGAGUUCCUUAACCCGACUACUUUUCGGCAAUGACACUGAAAACGUUCCUACGUCCUUAAUGUGGUUUCCCGUCUUAUUGGUUUCUUCCCAUGGAGUGAUCCGGAGGCUUGUUGGGACUGCAGGCUCUAACGCUACCGACUCGUCAAAUGAACACCCUUCUCGGCGUCGAAAUAAUUCAGAUGGUGUUCCUACAAUAAGUUUUGUUGAGGCUUCUGCAAAGGCUAAUGCCUCAUCUUUCAAUAUGACUUUGUUGAGUAUCAUGCUUAGUACAAUGUUAUUCCCCUUCAAUAGGCGAACUAGUGUAUUUUUGUCGUGCGCGUUACUGAAUUGUUUCAUUCUUCAGUCAACGUACUUCACCUCCAUUUUGAACCUCGAUUACAGAAGGUUGAGCAGCAAUGAACUUCUGUUCCUGAAUUACAGCGAUCAACCUUCUUCGAGACCUCUAGACGUUCAGGAUAGUGGUGGUCAACACAUGAAUUUCAAGGCAUAUUUUCAGUCAAUAGUGAGCGGUCGCUUUACAAUGAGUUCGCAUCCACUCAGUGUAUGCACUCUCUAUUAUUUUCUAAUCAAUCAAAGGUUUCGCUUAGUGAGGUCGUCGUCGUCAGUAUUCAACAAGUUGAUACGUGGUCAGUUUUCGAAUAUUGCUUAUUAUGCUUCAUCAAGCCCAGUCUCUUAUAUUGAGGGCAUCUCCACUUCCCAAUUACUGCUCGCUAAGUAUGGAGGUGGGACAUAUUUUAUAUCAUCUUCGGCUGAGGAUAGAAUCUUAGCUUUGAAAGGAGCUUUAGAUUUCUCUCAAGAAAAAUGGGAGAGCAAGAUGAGUGCUCUUCAAGCACCGUUUGUCUCUUCCUACAAAUUUGACCUAUACUUUUUUGUUGAGUUCAUUGUAAUGGUAGUGCUACUGUCGUCGAUAGCUCUAUUGAUUUUACAGACUUUGCUCAGUAAAGUAGAGAUUCCAGUGGGGAGUGACGGUGAAAGCAAUCUUGCUGGCCCUGAUAAUGAAGUCACCCCCAAGAAUAAUAAUUCAGCUCACGCAAGCGGUGAUGGUUUUACGUUUCAUACGAAAGAACUGUCUAAUGGUGGACAUACUUUGGACAUAAUUAGUAUAUCAACUUCAGAGUCUCCAUUCAUCGUCUCUGUUGGAAUUGAUCGCAGGCUCUUGAUAUGGUCACCACUUUCAAAUCCUGUACCCCCGCCGACGGAGAUACCUUUGGGCAGGCAGCUCUGGCCCGUGCUCGAUGUUGUAACAAGUACUAACGGUAACUUGACUGCAAUAUUCGGUAAGAAAGGAUUCGUAUCUUGUUGGUCGAGAAAGACCUUGGGAUUUCUAUGGUCUAUAAAGGUUGAUUUCUCUGAAAACGAUCUGCUGGACUCUUUCUUUCGAACGAAAACGAGACCAGCCUUCCUCAGAAAGAAACCUUCAGGUAUUGUUUCUCACACUAAUAAGACACACGCAACACAUGAGAUGAUCGGUAGCCCAAUGAAAAGGCGAGACAGCUCCGUAUCAGUGUCCUCAAUGAUGUCUACUUCCUCCUUAAAUCAUGCAUUCGACGCUCAAUAUGGUGACACAACUGCGGUUCCUGAUUUACGCGAAGAUGAUGACGUUGAGCUUGUCUUUGUUACAGCAAAUGGUACCGUAACUUGCAUUGACUAUAAGGGCAAAUCUACGAGUUGUAAAGUAACCAACUCAGUUUUCCCGCUCUUGUCUUGCAAAAAGCUAACAACACCAAGGGUCAAUGAUAGACUUGUCAUUUGCGAUAAAAAGGGAGACGUCUACAUUUCGACUGUCGUUAACAACAAGUGGAGACCAAGAAAGCUUAUGUUGAUCAGGAACUCCUUUAAUAGGGGUGAAAAAUUAAUGACACCUGCUACUUUGAUGAGCCGUACAUUUGACGACCCGCCAGCUACGCCAGUACAAUCCACUUUGAGCACUAGCAGCGUCAAUACCACACUUCUUAUACCAUUCGUAGGUAUGUUAUUCCUAGCGAAAGAAAAUGAGGCGGAAUUAGUGGAUGCGCAGACAGGAACUGUCAUCAAGACUUUCAAGCUUCCAAGCUACAUGCCAGGUACGUUACGUGUAUUUCACGAUCAGCCAACGCAUUGCAAAUUUUGCGGCAGCGCUUCGGUGUCAUCUCUAUCUGUGGCAUAUACUGAACGAUACACCUCAACACUGGUAAUGAGCACAUUCAGAUUGGAGAGCCGAACUAAGACAAGUAUAUGUCUUCGUGUUGAAAGAGAUCCCAGAGAAAUUCGUUGCCUUGGUCUUGAGUCGGUUGUCGAGCAAAAGCACUGUUUGCCUGAUAUCGACAAAUGGGACGUUACGGACAACAAUAUGAUCAUAGGUCUAAAGCGAAAGGAAAGACAGCGUUUCACAACUACAGGCGCUUCUUCGAUGAUGAGAAGUGCUUCUGAAGAUGUGAAAACGGGAGAACUCAGAUUAAGAAAUAGGAUUGAAAGUAGGAGCAUGAAGCCAUCAAAGUCUGUGGAAUACAACAUUCAUGAUAUAUGGGAAGGCUGGACCAUGACGGUCAACGGGAAGGUAACCUACUAUCAAAUUCCGGUUGGCGUUAAUGGCCUUCUCGCAAACCGUAUUGGGCCUCUCGAAAAGUUCGGGGCUAAGUCAAUGGUAGCUGCUUUCGGUAAUGUCAUGAAGCUAUUUUUCUCAGGACACGAGGAGCUUAUUAUGACGCCGGAUGGGUUAAAUUUAAAUGAAGAAGAAUCGGGCCUUAAAUUUGUAAACAAGAGAAGACAGCGUCUCAACGAAAAGAAGACUUCGAACAACUAUGGCCAACUCUGA